GGACCGUUGCCAGGUCUACAAGCAAUAACAACAAGAAGGAAAAGGUGUUUUCACUUCAUUUCACCCUUUGAGUUCGUGUAGUGAAGCAGAAAGUCACGGAGGACGGCUAAAGAGUUAAAUUUCUCCCCUCGUUCAAUUAAUGGACAAAUGGUUUGGCGAGAAACGGUUGUGGCUGUUUGGUAAUCAUUUGCCGCUUCUGCCGAGAAGGUCGCGAGGGAGUAGCCGCAUGGAUCGAUACGAGAAGCUGUCCCGCCUCGGCGAGGGCUCCUAUGGCAUCGUGUACAAGUGCCGAGACCGCGAGUCUGGCGAGCUGGUGGCUGUGAAGAAGUUCGUGGAGUCCGAAGAUGAUCCGGCCAUCAGGAAGAUUGCUCUGCGAGAGAUUCGUCUGCUGAAGAACCUCAAGCAUCCAAAUCUCGUGUGUCUGUUGGAGGUGUUCCGGCGGAAGAGGCGUCUCCACUUGGUCUUUGAAUUCUGCGAGCACACAGUCCUCCACGAACUCGAGCGACAUCCCCAGGGAUGCCCAGACAACCUCACGAAGCAGAUCACGUACCAGACACUCCUGGGCGUGGCGUACUGCCACCGCCAGGGCUGCCUUCAUCGCGACAUCAAACCAGAGAACAUCCUGCUGACGGCACAGGGCCAGGUGAAGCUGUGCGACUUCGGCUUCGCCCGGAUGCUCACUCCCGGCGAGAACUACACGGACUAUGUGGCCACGCGAUGGUAUCGCGCCCCCGAACUCCUCGUGGGCGACACUCAGUACGGCACACCGGUGGACGUGUGGGCUGUGGGAUGCGUCUUCGCGGAGCUGGUGCGCGGCGAGGCGCUCUGGCCCGGACGCAGCGAUGUGGAUCAGUUGUACCUCAUCAGACGCACCCUGGGCGAUCUCCUGCCGCGUCACCUGACCAUCUUCAAUCAGAAUGACUUCUUCAAAGGCGUCACGUUGCCCGUGCCGCCCACAAUUGAGACCCUGGAGUCGAAGAUGCCGCCAAGAACCCUCCAGAAUCCCCUCAUGAUCGAUUUCCUCAAGAAAUGCCUGGACAAGGAUCCAGCGAAGCGAUGGAGUUGCGAGAAGCUAUCGUGCCAUGCCUAUUUUGAAGACUACGCGGCGAAGAUGGGAACAACCCUGGAGGCCAAAUCUCCUGCUCGGGAGAAGGUUAAGAGUUCGCUGCCCUCACUGUUGCCCGGUCCAAAUCCCGAAGUGCGAAUACCACAGAAAAAUGUGAUUUUGCGAUCUGAGCAACAUUUACCGACCAUUUAGCGAGACAGUGUAAUGAAGUUCACUAGCGAAAUUCUAUCGUCUCUCAAAUUUUCUAAAAAGAAACUAAUAAAAAAAAAGUGCUGCAA